CACGACUUCACAUCAUCGUACAAAAUGUAUAUCCCUCUUCCUGCGAAGCGAAAAGAAAAGCUCGAUCAGACGAAUUGCACGAUGACGAUGAUGAAAUGGGAGAAACAGAGUAAUGAAGCUUCAAUUGUGGGAGAAGUAAGUAAGAGAGACGAGAGGGAGGAGAAGGAGGAAGAGGCUACGUACUGUUGUUGGAAGUGGUGUGGAGGCGGAACCAGAGCUUCUUCAAUGGGGAGAAGAGGGAUUGAAGCCACCCCAUCUAGUUUUUUUGUGGGUGGUGAAAGAAGAAAAGGUUGGGAAGAAGAAGAAGAAAAAUAUACAAUACUUUUCACCUUUAAAAAGAGAAGAAAAGAAAAAAAAAUUAAAGGGACAGGGGAACCGCCAAAGGGGGUGUUUGCUUAGACUUGGGUGAAUAUGUACACCUACACAUAACACAUUACUACACACACCAUAACGAAUCAAAAACCAGCCUUA